AUGCUCCCUGGCUCAGUCGACAGAGACGCACUGUCUGGGUCGUAUCUGGACCAUUCGAGCCAAUCAAACCCAUUAUCCAAUGAGCAUUGGAUUCCCUCGAGCGAGGAGGAAAAUUGGCAGUUCGAAGACGAUUAUUGGGACACGGACGAUGAAGCAGAUGAAUCCAACGCAAUUGAUGACGCAUAUAAGAUUCUGGAAGGCGACUGGUGA